AGAAGAGUUGGUCGACCGGGCAAUGCAAAACGAGUAGCAGCUCUUCUGCGCAGUUCACUCGCCAGCGUUCGAGUGGGAAGAUGAGGAAAUAAUCUCCCUAUUAAAAGCUGUCGUUCUUGGUGGAUUUUGCCGAUGUUAACAGGCUUUGCCCUCUCGGCAACUGGCGGCUUUCCGAUUUUGUUACGGAUAACAUUUUGAACCACUUGCCUCCCGUGCUUCCAAGCCUUAGAUAGAACAAGUCUGGCUGACAUGUUCUUGUUUUCUCUUAGAGCCUGGGCUUGAAGCCCAAGGGCUCGAGUAAAUACGUGUACUCCAAUAGUUUCUUAAAUUUUAUGUAUAAUCUGAUGAAAUAACUGCGUAGAUUGCUGCUAUCAUCAUCUGGCUCAUCUACGAGGUAUUCCGAUGACUUACCGGAAGUGAACACCGAAAGUUGAGCGGUAGAGAGGUUCCGACUGGAGAUUCAUGAACUAUCGAAAUUUACCGAUAGAGAACAGAGCAUAAGAGAAACUGUACGACUGUUUCCAAAAUAAGCCUUUCUUAAGCUAAUUUUUCACUGUGUAUUAUUAUCAUGGCAACUGAGAAAAGCAGUAGCACCAACCCCCUGGAACAGUUUGUUCUCCUGGCAAAGACAAUGAAAGGUGCUGCUGCCGUAGGACUCAUUAAACAAGCACUUGAGGCCCCAGGCGUUUAUGUGUUUGGUGAACUCUUGGACAUGCCAAACAUUCAGGAGCUGUCAAGUGGUGCCCAUGCUCCUUACUUCAAUUUACUUAAUGUAUUUGCUUAUGGAACUUACAAAGAUUACAAAGAAAAUGCAUCAACACUACCUGAGUUGACUCCGGCCCAGCUAACUAAACUACGACAUCUAACCAUUGUGUCACUUGCUGCUAAGUCAAAUUCAAAGUGUAUACCUUAUGCCGAGCUGUUGAAGGAACUAGAUAUUCCACAUUUGAGAGCAUUAGAGGAUCUGAUUAUUGAGGUGAUAUAUGCUGAUAUCAUCCGAGGAAAACUCGACCAGAAAAACCAACAUUUAGAGGUGGACUUUGCACUCGGGCGUGACAUCAGACAGGAAGCUGUCCCAGAAAUCAUCAAUGUUCUACAGGAUUGGUGUGAUGGUUGUGAGGCAGUGUUGUCAGGGAUUGAGUUGCAGAUCUCCAAAGCUAACACAAACAAGGAGAAUAAUAUAGCAAUCAAACAGAAGAUUGACCAGGAGGUAACAAACAUCAAGAAAACACUUAAAAACACUCAACAGCAAGACGCCGAUGAACAAAUGGUGACUGACAGUAGAGACAUAGCUUCUGACAAACCCACAAAAAAGUCAAACAAGACAAAAGGAUUACGAGGGAGUUCUGGCAACAAGUUAUGGAAGUGACAAAUUUAACUAUUAUUAAGUUGUGGAUAUUAUACCUGGAAAGACUAAGAAUAUUAAACUGUAUGGAAAAUUAUCUGUGCUGACACGUGUAUGUUUAUUGUAUUUACAUUCUUUAGUGCUAUUAAAUUGAAUAUGUAAAAAGAAUUGUGUAGUUACUUUCAGUGAUACUGAUAAUUUUCUUUAUUUACACACACUGGAGCUUUGUUAACAGUACCAAAAUGUGGCAAUGCUACUUUCCAGUCAGUGAUUUGUGGCUCAGGUGGUUGGACUUUUCUCCAUCCUCCCAGAAAUCCAUCUAUUUCUUGCUGUUAUUUGUCUAGGACUUAAGUCCUCAACAUUGUAAGAUCCCAUAGGUCCCUAAACUUAGAUAUUCAGAGGAAUUUUGUUACAGUAACCAUCAGAUCCAUGGUCCUUGAACAACGCUUCUUACAGCUACUUCAAAUGAAUAUUGGAAGAAUCCUUGUGUUACUUAGGGGAUAUUUUCACAAGGAUUUUUUUUAUGCUUCCCAGAGGGAGAACAUAUAUUUGUCACUUUAACCAUCCAUCCGUUUGUCUGUGCAUCAUAAUUUUGUCUGCAGCAUAACACAAAAACUAUAAGAAAUAUCGACAUAAAACUUUAAAGGUAAGUAGAUCUCAACAAGGAGAAGGGCAGUGCACAAAAGCCAUCACUUAUACAUUGGUUCUACCUAUUUAAUCUCUGGGGACACAUUUAGUUCAUGACAAAAUUGGCUCACAACUCGAGUCAAUUUUAUAAGAAAAAGAUAUUUCAUGGUUUUUUCUCUUGAAUGUCUUGGAAUAUGUGCCAAGACGUAUUGGAAAGAUAAAGAUGUGUAAGGUGAUGGUUUCUAGGAUCUUGAACAAUUAAAUAGAAAUCUGAUCAUAAAGAACGAAAGGUUUGCGACAGAAUGUUUUUUCAAGACUGAAUAGAAAUCAUAGACUCGAGGUCAAACUUUGAAAGGACAAUUUUAUUACACAGUAAAAUUCAACAUAAUUCUAUUUCUGUUGACUUCUAGCUGAUAGAGAACUUGUUAAAUUGUCAACAGUCAGUUAUAAAAGAAUAAUUUGAUUGUGUUAUGAUUCAUUUGCUCCUUUGGAGAAGUCAAACUUUUCUUUCAUUGCAUUUUUUUUGAAAGUUAAUCUAAACAUUAUUACAGUAUAAAUUUGAAGAUAUUUCUCACAAUUUACAGAAUCAAUAUCCAUACCAUAAAAUGAAGAGAAUGUUUUGAUGAAAUUUUGAAAGCAAUUUGUUAAAAGGAUAAUUUUGUGUUUAAUGGAGCUGGUUUUAGACAAAGCUGGCUAGGCGAUCCUGGUGUAUAUUCUCCAAGACAUUUGUCUUUCUGAUGUCUAUGUAUUUUGUCAAAUAAACUUUUUAAAACAAA